UUGACGCGAACGGUUGCCAUAGUCACUGAAGUGCUCUUGGCAGGACGUGUAGAAAGUUUUUGGCGCGCUCGAUUCCGUGCUUGUGAGUCUUGUUUUGGAAUACUCAAAGGAUAUUACAACACACACAUUAGGACGAGAGGUUCGUAAUGGACCGCAACCGGAUCGCAUCGGAGACGGAAAGUCUCGCUAAGCUGAGACGCUUAUGCUGCCGGUUGACUUCGGUGCAGACACAUUAUCAUGCCCAUUGACACCCCAUUGGGACGGGGAGGGGCGUUUAAGCGGCUGUUGAAGCAGUGAAGUGCGGCUGAGGCUUAUUUGCGCACCAGAGUGCAUUUGGUGGUGAAGCUCAACAAAAUCAUCGAACCGAAAAUCCAGGACUAGAGUAUCCAGUGCAGUGGUGGGGAACAAGGACGAAGUGAAUAAUGAGACAACAUCAUCAAUUAGUGAAAGUGACAAAUUUCGUGCUCUAUCUGGCGCUGGUCCUGCCGGGAGGGACCCUGGUGGGGCAGCGCGGUUUGGGUUCCGGUACGGUCCGAGCCGAGGCGGCCAGUGAGAGUCAUUCGAGUGGAAAGGGAACAGCGGAGUUUUUGCCAUCGAGUGGGAAUUCGGUGAUUGGAGGAGGUGGAGGCACAGCAGGCCAUGGAAAAGGCUACUAUCGAGGUCCACCGCACUGCAAACCACACACGUUCAGUUCCGUCCAGUGGCGAAAUGGCAGCAUUGCACCGUCCCACAAGCGCUCGGGACUGUUCCCUUCGGCCACCUGCGAGCUGUACGAAUUCAUCGGCCAAGGUGUGGAACGGAUCCAAAUUGUCUUCUCGGAGUUUCGUCUGCCCUCCAAGCUGGAACCGAACGAAUGCGGCGAGACGGAUAUUCUGAUGGUAUUCUUCAACAUCGACGGCCGGGACGAAGUGGUGGAAACUCUCUGCGGCGAUACCCUUCCGAAGCCAAUCCUCUCCAAUGGACCACGGCUGCUGCUGGAAUUCCGCAGCACAUUCAACAAUACGGAAAACAAAGGAUUCACAGCGGAUUUCAUUUUUCUGACAAAUUUUGGCGUAACCACAGGCCAUCAACCGAGUCCGUCGGUGUGCGAUUUCUACUACUUCAAAAAUGCCUCGAACCAGGGCUGGAUACAAUCGCCCAACUUUCCCGGUGCCUAUCCAAGGAACAUUCGCUGCAAUUACUACUUCUACGGUGAUCCGCUCGACUAUGUCCUGAUCCGGUUCACCUACUUCGACAUCGAGGGAAUUACUCCUUGCGACGAGGACUCCGCCAGCGACUACGUGGAGUUUUCCAACUUUAACACCCGGGACCGCAAGUACCCCUUCUACUGUGGUACACGGCGUGAUCUGAUUGCCCGCUCGGAUGGGCGUUUCUUCCGCGUCACCAUGGUUUCGAACGAUCGCUUGGAUGGAACAGGGUUCCGGGCGCUGUACGCCUUCGAGAGCACCCUGAACAUGAUCGGCCCGGGAAGUGGAGUGAUCGGCAGCGGAGGCAUUUAUGGCGUGGGCGUUGUCGGAGCAGCCGGGGUUCCCUUCAUUCCGGGCCAUUACCAAGCGGCGACGUCAUCGACGACGGAACGGAACGUGGCGGCGUCGGUGGCGAAGGUCACCAGCGGGAAGCGGGGCGCCGGGAUGCUCGCCGUCAGCUGUGCUCGUGGAGCAUUCCACUCCGACGCCUCGCUGCUUCUGACAGGAACAGUGCUGCUGAUGCUGUUGCUUCUGUUGCCGUCACUGCUGGCCGCUAAUCCACCACCGUCAUCAGCGCCAUCACCGAUCCAAGUAGCCUGACGACGACUGCUACGAUGAACGACCGAAAAUACAGCAUCCAGGCAACCGACCGGUGAGUGUGUUUACUACGAUGACAGUCGUGGUUCCUCUGCCUCUAUGCUCUCGGGGAGACGCCACACCGGUUGUAUAAAUGCGGGCGUCAUCCGUCGCGUAGCGUCGUCUAUUCGCGUGGAAGCCAAAUUUUCAAGUGCGAUCCAUCCCUUCCUCACCCCCAACGAACCAAACUACAGUCACAGACAAACAGAUGUAAAACUUGGAUUUUUUUUUGAAAAUCCGUCGCUUAAUUCACACCAUCACUAUUAACAUCACAAUAUGUGCACCGAGGCCUGCAGGAGGCGCUAGUGAAAAACGUCAAACACGACAGAAAACAAUUUGCGCGCCUCUGGUUGUGAAGUGUGAAAUACAUAACAUUUGUAAUGAGCGGUAUAAGGUUAGUCAAUGGAAAUUUCGUCCCUAUUAAGUCUGUUUGUCUGUGCUACAGCCAUCAGUCAAGCUGCUUAGGGAGCUGUAAGAGUAAAUAAUUAAAGUGUCAGUUUGACGGAAGGAAGAAGGAGAGAGAGUGUCGAGGUUUGGUAAGCCCUUUUAAGUCUGAGGUAUUUCCGUACAAGGAGAACUUUUUUUUCGAGGAACAUUCAUUAGAUUCACGAACCGCAAGAACACACAAAGUAUUCCCUCGGUGACGGUAAAAUUAUAAUUGUACACAUACACGUGCACAACCGCGGCAAAGGAGGCGGCGGCGGCGCUGGUGAAAACGUCGACAGGAGAAAAUCCAAUUUUGUCCCUUUGAUCAUGACCUACUUGAUUGUGACGGGGAUGAGAAAAUACAUACAUGUGUACAUGUUAGUUCACAUAUCCGUACACCGAACACUGGCAACUUAAUGUGAGUAACCAAACUAAAGAGAAAAGCACACGAAUGCUCUAGAAUGCGAAAUCAAAUAAUUGAAACUGCAAAGUACGAACGAACGGCGGGAAACUGGCUGCCUGAAGCAACAACACGCUGAGAUAGCAGAAGCAGAAUAAAACUUUUUCAUAUGUUUUCGUUUUUUCGUAUAAAAAAA